GCCUCCCCCUUCUCCCGCCCUCCCACCCGCCCUCUCUCCCUCCCUCUUUCCCUCGCAGACCGACAAGGCAGCAAUUACGCUUUGGGGAUAAAACGAGGCGCAGAGAGCGGGCUGGGGCAUUUCUCCCCGAGAUGGCGGGUCCGACAGCGGCAGCCCUGCGGCCCGGAGCCCUCCUGCUUCUGCUGUGCGCCCUCCACCCCUCGCAGCCCGGAGGGGUCCCAGGGGCCGUUCCUGGUGGAGUGCCUGGAGGCGUCUUCUACCCAGGGGCUGGUCUCGGAGGCCUGGGAGGCGGAGCUCUGGGCCCUGGAGGCAAACCACCCAAGCCAGGGGCUGGACUCCUGGGGGCAUUUGGGCCAGGUGCCGGAGGGCUCAUAGGCGCUGGCCUUGGGGCAGGGCUCGGGGCCUUUCCCGCAGGGGCCUACCCAGGAGCUCUGGUGCCCGGCGGCCCGGCUGGCGCUGCUGCAGCCUACAAAGCCGCUGCCAAGGCCGGUGCUGCGGGGCUUGGUGGUAUCGGUGGCAUUGGUGGUGUUGGUGGCUUAGGAGUGUCUACAGGUGCGGUGGUACCUCAGCUCGGAGCAGGAAUUGGAGCUGGAGGGAAGCCCGGGAAGGUGCCAGGUGUGGGGCUCCCAGGUGUAUACCCAGGUGGAGUGCUCCCAGGCGCAGGAGCUCGGUUCCCGGGUGUAGGGGUGCUCCCCGGGGUUCCCACCGGAGCAGGAGUCAAGGCCAAGGCCCCAGGUGGAGUCGGAGCUUUUGCCGGAAUCCCAGGAGUUGGACCCUUUGGAGGUCAGCAGCCUGGAGUCCCUCUGGGGUACCCCAUCAAGGCACCCAAGCUGCCAGGUAAGGCAGAAGGAGGAUUCGAGAGACACCACUCGCUGGGCCUCCCUACUGGGAAGCCAGCUUGGGAGGGCACUUGUUUGGCCACCUGUGUCUUUGGGUGGAUGGGGGUAGUCAGGAAACCUGGUAUUAAAGCCCAUUUCUGGUCGCCAGCAAAGGGAAGCAGCGGGAAGCCAUCCUGCAGGUGUUGGUCUCACUCCCAUGCACACACAUGCACAAGUGUGCACACACGUGCACAGAGACCCGUAGCCUUGAUGGGAAACCACUUGUGUUGUUACUAAGAAACACCAUUCACUGGAAAGACCCCUCUGAUGUCAACCCACCUCCACCCCAGCAAUCAGCUCACAUGCCGAGCUGUUUCCUGAUGGGGGGGAGAGUAAGGAAGAUACUCAGACUCUAGGGCCGUGGCAGGGCCUGGGUUGGUAGAAGAACGGGUGUCCCAUCAUGCCCGGGGGCAGGGGUGUCCUCUCCCUCCUCCACCAAGGCCUCUGCUCUCCCGAGAGCCUCUGAGAGCAGCUCACAGCCUUGGUGGAGGCGGCGCAGUCUCGGGCUUCAGUACCUGUGGGAAUAGGUCUGUCUACCCAGGUAGUGGGGGCCCAGUGAGGCUGGGGGCCGCCAUGGGGCAGCCCCUGAUCCCAC